UAUAAUCACCGCCCUUUGCGCUUCUGCUAAUGCCUCUGUGACUACCGAUUUCGUCGCGCAAGUGGCCGAAAAACUAUCUUCUGGCGAGUUGGCGUGGAGCCGGAGGCAGCUUUAUAUGCUUCACUGCUUAGGGGUUCUCUUGAACUGUCGAGCAACUGAACCCUGCAUGCACAUCAGAGACAAAGUCGCUCUAGUAUCCAAUUUGGUAGCAGGUCUUCAAUUGCCAAGUGAUGAAAUCCGAGGAGAGAUUCUUUUUGUUCUGUACAAACUAUCCCUCCAUGUAUAUACAUCUAAAGAUUGUGUAGGAGCAGAUGUUCUUCAGGCUUUUUGUCCUAGCCUGUUGCGUCUGUCAAUGGAAGCAAUUCUGAAAACCCAAAGAGAUGAUGUACGAUUGAAUGGUGUAGCUUUUUUAAUGCUCUUAGCACAAAAUGGAUUGUUUGGAAAUGGACAUGGUAAUGAAAUAAGCAGUAUGAGAUCCGAUGAAGCAGACAACUUCAUUCAAACAACAGAAGAUGGACUAGAUGAACCCCCAUUGAGCUUGUUGUUUGCUGAGGCCAUCAAAGGCCCACUGCUUUCGUCAGACAGCCAAGUGCAAAUCAGCACACUGCUCCUGAUUUUCCACUACUUGUCAUGUGGAGAUGCUUCCGCCAAACAGAUUCAGAUUUUGGUAGAAGAAAAUAUUGUGGAUUAUUUGUUUGAGAUAUUAAGAUUGUCAGAAUGUAAGGAUCCAGUGGUCUACUCUUGUCUUAAUGUUCUAAAUCUCUUUCCAAGUACUGAGCAGGCCUUCAGACAAAGGCUUGUUAUUGGUUUUCCAACUCUGAUUCCAGUGCUCCGUUUUGUGGCCGAAGUUCCUUUCCACCCUGCUCAACCUCACACACUAAAGCUCAUAAAGAACUGUGUCUCUGAUUGCCCUGGAAUAGCAUCAACCUCUAACAUUGAAGAAUUAGCUCUUAUUUUGUCAAGGAUGCUUGAAAGGCAUAGAGGUGGAGAAAUUGGCAUGAACCCAGAGACAUUCCUAUUGGUUUGUUCUAUCUUUGUUGUUCUUUUGAGAAUCCCAUCUUCUCAAGGCGCUUCAAAUCUGGCAGCAUUACUUCAAGAAUCAUUGAAACAUGCUGUUUUAACUAGUCUUGAGAAAGAUCCAGGUCAACUCUUGCAUUCUUUAUACCUUCUUAAAGAAGCAUAUUCAUACACUAAUGAAGAGUUCACUGCAAACGAGUCUAGCAACUUAGAACUGCGAAAUUGUACUGUGGACAUAUGUACAUCACAUAUAUUACCUUGGUUUGCCAUGGCUAUUAAUGAAAUUGAUGAGGACACUGUCCUGGGUGUAUUAGAAACAUUCCAUUUUAUACUGCUUCAGAAUCCUGACAUCGAAGCAACAGAACUUGCCAAAGUCCUACUUUCAUCCUCUUGGUUCAGUUUGUCAUUCGGGUGUCUAGGAUUAUUUCCUACCGAAAAGAUGAAGUGGAGAGUAUAUCUAAUGCUCAGUUCCCUUGUGGAUAUUCUGUUGGGAAAUCAAGCCGGACAACCUGUUAGAAAUGCUGCUUUAUUUCUUCCAACUGAUCCUAUUGACUUGCUAUUUCUGCUUGGGCAGAAGAACUCCCAUGAUUUAGAUUUGUCUUCUUGUCAAGCUGCAAUUUUGCUGCUUCUACAUGUCAGUUGCCUACAUGAUGACUGGCUUGCAGAUGAGCGGUCGAUUUUAGCUUCUCUGGAGCAAUAUAUUCUUGUUAACAGUGGAGAUAUCUUCUCUGGGGGCAUUGAUUCAUUGACAAUGAUGCAAGUGUUGAAUCUUUAUGGCCUAUGUAGAGGUCUUAAAAAGGUGAACUACGAAGUCUCUCACAGCCCAGAAGCUGAGAGGAUCUUGUUCCAUAUACUGACUGAAAGUGAAUGUGAUUUGCCUUCUGCAAUGAUUCACCCAGUGGCAGUGAUAUGGUUGUUUCAACAAGAGAAAAUCUGCAAGCCAUUAUCUUACCAACUUCUAAAAUUCUGCAGAAGAAAUUGCUCAGAUGGGAACCAAAUUAUCAUCCAUGGGGAUAACAGUCAUAUUAUAGAUGUACAAGUAAUUGCUGAGUUGGUUGUGACAGGAGAUAACUAUGCUGCAAAACUAUUGAUGUGUUUAUUGGUACAGCUUUCUGAGGAAGGAGCCCAAAAGCAUGACAUAGUAGCAGUAGUAAAUCUUAUAGCAACAGUCAUUAACAUCUUUCCAGCUGCCUCAGACCAACUAUGCUUGCAUGGGAUCAGCAACGCAAUCCUAACGGUAGUUUAUUAUAAUUCAAGUCAUUCUUCUUCCUCAGAGUUGCUUGUGGCCAUCUUACUUCUGAUAUGUAAUAUUUUAAGUUCAGUGCACCCUGAAAAACUUUCUGAUGGUGAAUCUUGGCUUGCAUUGUCUACAAAGUUGAUAGACAGCUUAAUUCCUGCAGUUAAAAAGUAUGGCUGGAAUCAGGAAGGUUUACUGUUAGUGGGCAUCCUCUCCCUGAUUUUGCAUCAUUCUUCCAACAAAGUACUCAUUGAAGCUGCAAAAAGCAUAGUUUGUAAUGCUUCCUUGAUCUCUACAAUCAACAGCACAGUCCAGGCUGUCUCUGGGAAGGGGCCUGCUCUAAUCGAGUAUGAUGAAGGAACAAGCUCUGGGGAAAAUCUAAUAUUUUUGCUUUUGUUAUACUACUUCUCUUUAAGAUGCUUACGUGCUGUUCUACCAGAGGUUCUGGACUGGCAAACUUUCCUCAAUUCACCAAAUGUGAUGCAACCUCUUUCUACAAUCAACAUACACUGGCACGAUUUGUGCAGGCUGAUGCAUUUCGGGUCUCCAAUGGUCAAGCUUGUUGCUUCAUCUUGCCUGCUAGAGCUUUUUUCUGGAAUAUCAUAUCAGAAAAAAAGGAAACAUGAGGAGUUACAAUGCUUCAUGGGUCACCUAAUGUCCAUAAUGACCGUCUUAGAAGGUCUGGUAUUUUAUGAUGACAUUAGGGUGGCAAUGAAUUGUUGCCUCUGCUUAUCAAUAAUUUUGGGGUGGGAAGAGCUGGACAUGCAGGAAUCAGGAAUUGCGAGAAGUAAUUGGUACAGGCUAAUUGUGGAGGAAAUGGUAAUGGCUAUGGCAGUUCCAUGCUUAGCAUCAACAUCAUUCAUUAAUUAUCACAAGCCAGCUGUUCAUGUAACUGUUGCAUUGCUAAAACUUCAGAAGGUUCCGGGGUGGAUGAGAACUGUGUUUGAUGACCUUUCCGUAUCUUCUAUAAUUGAAAACCUUAAAAAGGACGUCAGCCCUGAGAUGGUGCUUUUAUUUCGAGCUCUCCUCAAUUCUGGAUUCUUGAAGGCAGAGCACAUAGCCAGUCUUAAUCAUGCGCUCCAGGCAUGCAGAAAACGUAUGUACAACAACAGUGAAGAACAUCUCAUGGACAAGCAUGUUCAGAAGAUUGUCUCCUCAUCAGAUGAUUUGGGAGAAGUUUGUGGCUAUCUCAUUCACUUGAUGAUGUCUCAAUCAUCUUCAGACGCCAAUUCUGGGAACAAAAGACUGUUUGAAGAAACAGAAAUGUUUUUCAGCACUUCAACAGUAGAAGUACAUCAACGGCCUACCGCAACUGUGAAUGUCAUUACCUUGGCUUGCUUGCCAAGGAACUGCAGUUGGACUUGAACUAGAUACUCAAGAGUAGGAAACAAUUUACCAUGGGAAGAAUAAUGAGUCUAUGGCUUGAGGUGGUUUGUUCUGGUGAAGUAGCCUCACCAGUGCACUCAACUCCACAGGAUUACCAGGAUCUACACAAUUGGUAUCUCACCUCCGCGUAUCACAGGCACAUCAUGCCUAAUCCUUGUAUUUACCUCUUAUGACAGUGUCCACGGGAUAUAAAGAAAAACAUCAUUUUGUUUCUCCUUUUAAAUGUAAUUGUGCAGAACUAAUGUUUCGUAAUACAAUGGCUUGUAUCUUAGAAUGUUGCUACAUUUGUUAAGGUCAAUGUCACUAUAAUGCCAAUGCCUAUGCUAUGCUACUGCUACAAUUGUUCAGCAAAUCCACUAACGGAAUUUAAGCAUCACUGUUCCUAACAGCAAUGUGCUGUGGAGAUUAAUACUGAUGU